GGGAGGACUGACUCUUCCUGAAGGUGAUACAGAUGACGUAGAAUACAACAGGGUGGCUGUGUAUGUUUCUGCAGUCUGUGUGACUCCACCAAGGCUCCGUGAAGCUGUCCUGACUGGUACAAGGAGAAAAUGCUGAAACUAGUGGCCACAGAUGUCUUUAAUUCCAAAAACUUGGCCGUUCAGGCACAAAAGAAGAUCUUGGGUAAAAUGGUAUCCAAAUCCAUCGCUACCACCUUAAUCGAUGACACGAGCAGUGAAGUGCUAGAUGAGCUCUAUCGGGUGACCAAGGAGUACACUCAGAACAAGAAGGAGGCAGAGAAAAUCAUCAAAAACCUCAUCAAAACAGUCAUUAAGCUGGCCAUUCUUUACAGGAAUAACCAGUUUAAUCAAGAUGAGUUAGCCCUGAUGGAGAAAUUUAAGAAGAAGGUUCAUCAACUUGCUAUGACCGUGGUCAGUUUCCAUCAGGUGGAUUACACCUUUGACCGGAAUGUGUUAUCCAGGCUGCUAAACGAAUGCAGAGAGAUGCUCCACCAAAUCAUUCAGCGUCACCUCACCACAAAGUCACACGGACGGAUUAAUAAUGUCUUUGAUCAUUUUUCAGAUUGUGAUUUUUUGGCGGCCUUGUAUAAUCCCUUUGGAAAUUUUAAACCCCACUUACAAAAACUUUGUGAUGGUAUCAACAAAAUGCUGGAUGAAGAGAACAUAUGAGCAUGUGAAUUAAGAUUGUGACUGCUCAUGAUUUAUUUGCAGAUGGAGCACGGUUGAUUUAUGAAGGAAAAAAAGAAUUUUUUUAAGGUUUAUGCAUAUUUCAGAAAGACUUUGCUCAGUUCGAUUGUCAGACAUUAAUGAUAAUGUUUUAUGAGGCUGAUUUUAUUUGAAGAAAAGCACAUUGCCAAAAAUUGUAGUUAAAAGCUUCCUAAGGUUUAACAGAUCAUCGGGAAGAUGUUUGAUUGCAUAAUGCAGGUAUAGAGUUAUACAGAGAAAAGUAUGUAUGGCUCCAAACCUCAAGACAUCUUUUUUAGGGCAGUUAUGCUGGUGGCACAUUGGAUAUUUCUAAAGUGUACAGGUUAUGUAUUUUGAUUCACUUUUAGUCCUUACUUUGUAUAUGUACGUCUUUUAAAAAGCCAAGAAAUUUCUCUUGCUGUCAUUUCUUCUUUUGAAACUAUUCCAUUUUCAAGUCUACUUUUUGUUAAAGAUUCUUUUGUUAAAGAUUUUUGUCAUUGACAUUCAAGAAUUAACUCUUAAUUAAGAAUUAAGACAUUCAAGAAUUAAGACAGUUAAAUUCGAACCUUCAGAAAAAUAGAAAACUAUUUCUCUGAAAUUAAUAUCGUGGAAACCAACUGUAUUUGACAUAAUGAAUAAUGCCUAAUAUAAGAAUAUGCUUCUGGAAUCGAGUUCAGUACUGACAGUGAUGCUUCCCAAAGCAUGAUAAUUCCCCUAAAUGCAGUCACAUGACGUUGCCUUGAAAUGCUUGUUGGGGGCUUAACUUUCAUGUUAUCUUGAAAAAUGUGCUGAUGGAGUCUCCAUUUUCAAUAUCCAUUUCAAAUGUAAGAGAAAAAGAGAAAAUCUAGGUCGUUCUUGAUAUUGGGACAAUAAAAAGUAAGUGUUUUUAAGAAAAAUAAGACAAUCUUUAUUUAAGAGAUGAUCCCAUCAAAAUAAUUUAGGGGGAUGAAGGACAAAAGGGAAGAAAAGCUAUUGCUACAGAACACGAGAAUGAAAAUUAAUGCAUUUCAAUGUUUAGUAAGGUUUGGUAGGUAAAUAAAGAACAUUGCUUUUUUAUUUAACUGAUAAGGUUUUUGCUUUUUUUUUAUAUUGGCUAUUUUGAUGAGUAAACCAAAGAGUAUUUGCAUUUCAAGCAGUUCAUCUGUGUUUCUAUAUAAUUUCAUGUGUGCUCAUGAUAAAGUAAGCAUUUGCUUGUUUUGUAAAAAUAAAAUAAAAUAAAUGGAAACCUGCUGGCCACCUAUACCAUGUUGGGAAAUAACAGACUAAACCACUAGCACUAAAUAUUUGCAUUGUCA